AAUUAUUUUUCCCACAAAAUGCUUAAAAUGUGAUUUGUCAAAGGUUUUCAUUUCAAAACCCUCACUCUGUCGCUGCUUCUUCUCAAAGCCGCUUUCGUUUCUUUCCUUAGAUUUUCAAGAACCCUAAUCCCAAUCUUAACAACCCUUUUUAUUUUCUUCACUAAUUAAUCAUAAAGUUUUAUUUUUUCUCGUUUUCCUUCUCGUUUUCUCAUCUGGGUACCCUUUAGUAUUCGCUGAAAUGGUCCCUGCUUCAAAAACUGAAGGUGCCACUGGAACCCACUUGUUGUCUGCUAAAGUCCGUAAAACUAUUCAAUCUAUUAAAGAAAUCGUUGGUGAUCAUUCUGAGGCUGAUAUCUAUGUUGCUCUUAGGGAAACCAACAUGGAUCCUAAUGAAACCACUCAGAAAUUGCUUAACCAAGAUCCUUUCCAUGAGGUGAAAAGAAGGAGAGACCGAAAGAAGGAGAGUCAGAAUCUUGGGAAUCAGAAUGUUGGGAACAGGAGUUCGGGUGAACCAAAGAGGCAUUCUGACAAUGCUAACAGGGGUUCAGGUGAACCAAGGAGGCAUUCGGACAAUGGUAACAGGGGUUCAGGUGAACCAAGGCGGCAUUCGGACAGUGGUGGUGAAAGAGCGCAAUUCCACAACCCAUCUGAACAUAAUGUGGGGAACAGGGGUUCGGGUGAACCACGGAGGCAUUCUGAGAAUGGUGGUCAAGGAUCGCAAUCCCACCACCAUUCCGAACAUAAUGUUGGGAACAAGGGUUCGGGUGAACAAAGGAAGCAUUCUGAGAAUGGCGGUCAGGGAGCGCAAUUUCACAACACUUCUCAACAUAAUGUUGAGAACAAGGGUUUGGGUGAACCAAGAAGGCAUCCUGAAAAUGGUGGUCAAGGAAUGCAUUUCCACACCCCUGCUGAACAUAGAGUUCGAAGAACAAACUAUUCUCGAAACCCUUUACCCAGCUUCAGCAGAGAGUUCCGUGUUGUCAGAGAUAACAGAGUAAACCAUAUAUAUAAAGAAGUGAAGCCCCCUUCACAACAACAGCCAAUAUCCACCACAGAUAAAUUGCCUGUAAACACUUCUGAAAAGAGUUCGUCCGCAGCUUCGACCAAUCAAAAGUCAACUGGUGCUAGAAAUCAUCAGGCUCUAAAUGGGCCUUCUGAUUCUCGACAAUCAAAAGAUGCUGCUACAAAUGCUAGACAAUCAAAAGAUGCUGCUACUAAUGCCAGUGACAAAAAAGUUACAUCUGAGAACAAGCAAGGCUUGGUAUCCAAUACAUCAUCACAGGUGCAACCAAUUAAGCCUAACAACAGCCACAAGAACUCUUCAACAGUGGCUUCAACCAGUUCUGUAGUGGGAGUGUAUUCUUCUUCAACAGAUCCAGUUCACGUGCCGUCUCCUGAUUCCAGAUCAUCGGGUGCUGUUGGAGCCAUUAGGCGUGAAGUUGGGGUUGUUGGUGUUCGUAGACAGUCUGCUGACCUGAAACCAAAACAGUUGUUUGCUUCUAGUAGUUCUUAUGCUAAUAAUUCUAUUGUUGGAAAAGAUGGUCCAUCUGCAGAUUCAUUUCAACCAGUUGGUGCUGUCCAAAAGAAUGAACAGCUCAGCCAAGCGGCUGUUAGUGCUGUAACUGAGCCCUCUUUCCCUGGCAUCUCUGUUAGCAGACCAUCUUUGAACAAUCAGUAUAAUAGCAGGUCACAUCAACAACUUGUGGGACAUCAGAGAGUCUCCCAGCAUAAUAAGGAAUGGAAGCCUAAAUCAAGCCAGAAGACGAACAGCAAUGGUCCUGGAGUGAUUGGUACACCCAAAAAAAGCGUUUCAUCUCCAGCUGAAAAUUCUAAAGAUAUAGUAUCAGAUACAGCACAGCUUCAAGAUAAACUUACACAAAUGAAUUUAUUUGAGAACCAAAAUGUGAUCAUAGCACAACAUAUUCGCGUUCCAGAGACUGAUCGCCGUCGGCUAACCUUUGGUACCAUUGGUGUUGGUACAGAACUUGAUUCUUUGAGGCAUCAAUCUCAGUAUCAAAUAAUAGGAGCUACUGAUAAUUUAAAUGGAGAAUCAACUACAAGCUUGACAGUACCUGCUUCAGAGUUGUCCUCUGAUGAUGUCUCUGGGAGCAAGCAGGUGGAUUUACGGGAUGACCAAAUUAGAAGUCCCGAGUCCGAAUCUCCAGCAUCUGGUGCUGCUUCUGAGCAACAGUUGCCUGAUAACAAAGAAUCCUCAAGCUCUCAUAAUUUGGACAGUUAUGCCAAUAUUGGAUUGGUACGUGAUACAAGUCCGUCUUAUGCACCAGCAUCACAACAGCAAGAUUCUCAUGAUAUGCCUGGCUUCUCGGCCUACGACCCUCCCACUGGUUACGAUAUUCCUUAUUUUAGACCUAAUAUGGAUGAAACUGUACGAGCUCAGGUUCUUUCACCACCUCAGGAGGUUUUGAACUCCCACCAUGCUGCAAACAAUGUUCCGACAUCCACAGUCACCAUGAUGCAACAACAGCAGCAACAACAACAACAACAUCAAGUUGCACAGAUGUAUCCACAAGUUCAUCUUUCACAUUAUGCUAAUCUUAUGCCAUAUCGUCAGUUUCUCUCCCCAGUCUACGUACCACCCAUGGCUGUGCCUGGAUAUUCAAACAGUGCUCCCUAUCCUCAUCCAAGUAACGGCAACAGUUACUUGUUGAUGCCUGGUGGUGGUUCCCCCCAUCUUAAUGCCAACAACCUUAAAUAUGGAGUUCAGCAAUUCAAGCCUGUUCCUGCUGGAAGUCCUACUGGGUUUGGAAACUUUGCUAAUCCAGGGUAUGCCAUGUUAGCUCCAGGUGUGGUUGGGGGUGCGUCAGCUUUAGAAGAUUCAUCUAGAGUCAAGUACAAAGAUAAUCUUUAUGUACCAAAUCCUCAGGCGGAGACAUCAGAAAUAUGGUUACAGAAUCCAAGAGAUCUUUCAGGCAUGCAAUCUACUCAAUACUAUAACAUGCCAGGACAAUCGCCGCAUGCUACUCCAUUCAUGCCUUCACACACUGGACACGCUUCCUUCAAUGCCGCUGCAGCUCAAUCUUCUCACAUGCAGUUCCCCGGUAUGUAUCAUACUCCUCCACAACAAGCUGGCAUGCCUAGUCCUCAUCAUUUAGGGCCGGCAAUGGGAAAUAAUGUUGGAGUGGCCGGAGCUGCUCCUGGGCAACAAGUUGGUGCAUAUCAGCAACCGCAAUUGGGACACCUCAAUUGGCAAACAAAUUUCUGAAGGGGGGAGGGGAUUAGUAAAAAAAAGGCUAUAUUUUAACCUGUUUGUGUAUUACGGACUGGCGUAGAUAUAGAAAAAUCGCAGUUUUUUUCCGUUGUGAAAUGAAUAUCGUAUCGGUUUUUUUUCUCA